ACGAUCUUUCUUUGUUUGCCUAUUCUCUCCUGAAGUUGUUACCUUUCAGUCGAAGAUGUUACCGCAAAAAUUAAUCAAACCGUGUCUUUUUGGACUGAGACAUGUCUCUGUAAGAGGACAGCUGCUGUCUGCAGCUGCUGUCAGAUUUCAGCACAGUAAGUCUGAGGAGCUCAAGCAGUCCUCCCACUCAGCCCGACCCGAGACCUCAAGCGCUAAAUCACUGAUGGACAUCGGGACCCGCCGGAUCUUCAACGAGGACCAUGACCUCUUCAGACAAAAUGUGCGGCGCUUCUUCCAAGAGGAAGUGGUGCCGCACCACAAAGAGUGGGAGAAGGCGGGUCAGGUGAGCAGGGAGGUGUGGGAGAAGGCUGGUGAGCAAGGCCUGCUGGGAAUAAUGACGCCCGAGGAGCACGGUGGCAUCGGAGGAGACCUCUUUUCUGCAGCUGUCACGUGGGAGGAGCAAAUGUAUUCCAACUGCUCCGGCCCAGGUUUCGCACUGCACUCCGACAUCGUCAUGCCCUACAUCAUCAACUAUGGCAGCAAGGAACAGAUCGAACGCUUCAUCCCCAAGAUGGCCGCUGGGAAAUGUAUCGUUGCCAUCGCCAUGUCCGAGCCAGGAGCAGGCAGUGACCUUCAGGGUGUGAGGACGUACGCCAAGAGGGACGGCAGCGACUGGAUCCUCAACGGCAACAAGGUGUUUAUUACAAAUGGUUGGAUGGCCGACCUGGUGGUGGUAGUGACCGUGACGAACCGAGAGGCGAAGACGGCGGCACACGGCAUCAGUCUGUUCCUGGUGGAGGACGGCAUGAAGGGCUUUCAUAAAGGGCGGAAACUGGAGAAGAUUGGCCUGAAGGCCCAGGACACGGCUGAGCUGUUCUUCGAGGAUGUGCGGCUCCCAGCUGAUGCCCUCUUAGGGGAGCUCAACAAAGGUUUCUACUACCUGAUGAACGAACUCCCUCAGGAGCGUCUGGUGAUUGCUGACAUGGCCAUAGCGAGCUGUGAGUUCAUGUUUGAGGAAACCAGGAAUUAUGUGAUGCAGCGGAAGGCGUUCGGAAAGACAGUCGCUCACCUGCAGACCGUGCAGCAUAAGCUGGCAGAGCUGAAGACUGAGAUCUGUGUGGGCCGAGCCUUCAUCGAUAACUGCCUCCAGCUCCAUGCUGAGAAACGCCUGGAUCCCGCCACGGCCUCCAUGGCCAAGUAUUGGGCGUCUGACCUCCAGAACAGAGUGGCCACUCAGUGCCUGCAGCUCCACGGAGGCUGGGGCUACAUGUGGGAAUACCCCAUCGCCAAGGCGUUUGUGGACUCUCGAGUUCAGCCCAUCUAUGGAGGAACCAAUGAGAUAAUGAAAGAGCUGAUUGCCCGCACCAUCGUCAGCCAGAAGUGAAACACGUGAAGGUUUCUGUGGUGGAGGGACACUUGGUUUUUGUCUGGAAAAGGCUUUGAAAGUGAGAAUGUGAUCAUGAACUGCUUCACAAAGUCAAACUGCUGUGUAAUCAUGACUGACUUCUUCAUUUAUGUGAUGGUGUUAAAACAAAACUGUGGAGCUGUUCGUACAAAUGUGCUUUAGGAUUUUAUGAAGAGAGACUGAACUGUGUAGCUAAAAACAAUACUGAGCAUGUUAUAGAUGUACUGAAACAAAUAAAAUAGUGAUUUCAUAUUAAUGAUGCUGUGUUAAAUAAUCCAGAAGCAUCUGGCUGGCACUCUGUUAGCUACAGGAAGGAGAUGGGGAAUUCAGUGAAAGUAAAGUAAAAUUAAAGUCCA